GUUUUUGUCACCGGGGGCUCGAAAGGGCUGGGGAAGGCACUGGCGAAGUUGCUUGCAUCAAAAGGGGCCAAUAUUGUAAUACUGGCAAGAACAAUAUCAACACUUGAAGAAGCGAAAGUAGAAAUCCUGGGCGCGCGGCGCUCACAGCAACAGACAGUUGACACGAUUGCUGUGGACCUUACCAUACCAGAAAAGGAGGUGUUUGAUAGCUACCGCGAUAAUCUACCCGACAUGUUGUUUUGCACGGCUGGUGGUACAUCCUCGCAGCUGGGAUUUCUUGCGGACAUCUCUGCGACCGAUCUCAAGGCGUGCAUGGAGAUCAACUACUAUUCGGCAGCCUUUAUUACACAGAGCUGUCUCAGACGGUGGUUAAGAUCCCCCAGCGAGUCUCCGCGCACCAUUGUCUUGACUUCGUCCGCCGCGGCCUUUGUCGGACUCCCAGGCUAUGAUGCAUACGCUCCAGCAAAGGCGGCCGUGAGGGCGCUAGCCGACACGCUUCGACAAGAACUGCUCCUGUACGGCGGAAAUGACAAAUACCGCGUGCAUUGCUGCUUUCCUGGAACCUUUGUAUCGGAGGGGUUUGUUGCAGAGCAGGCUACCAAACCCAACCUGACAAAGGAGCUCGAGAAGACCAACCGACCGAUCAGCGAGCUGGAGAAAACUUACGGCACGGCAGAAGGCAUUUCCCAGAAGUUGAUCCAAGGUGUCUCCGAAGGGCAGUUUUUUGUUACCAUGGAUGCGGAUACACGAUUGCUUCUGAACAACAUGCGGGGGCCGAGUCCCCGCGAUAGACCAUUGAUGGACUAUCUAUUGGGUUGGUUCAUGGGGUUGGUCUGGCCUCUUAUUCGGCGUCGAUUUGACAGGACAACUCGGGAAUAUGGUCGCCAGGCUGGCCUACAGUCGCAUCUGUAA